AUGCGCGAGCUGUGGGACAAGAUAGAGCCGUCCUUAUUCGACUGCCCAAUUGUCGGUAUUCACUUAAUGGAGGGCGAUGAGGCUGCAAAGCAGUUUGCUCAGAUUUAUCCGACUCCAGUGCUUCCUGCUUCCUACUUUAUCGAUAAUUUGGGGAAGCCCAUCGAGGUCAUUACUUUGCUCAAGGACCUUGACUAUGACGAGUUCUUUUCGAAAAUAAGUGCGUCCGUGAAGGCUUUCAUCGCUUCCAUCAAACCUGAGUCGGGCCAAAGUGGUGCUGGUCAGCAGCCAACUUCAGCUCAGUCACAUGAGGUGCCUGCCUCAUCAUCGUCUCCUCCACCUUCAGCUGCUGCCCUAGAAGAGAAGGUUAAGAGAGCGAAAAUGUUGCUGGAGCAGAAAAAGAAGGCUGACGAAGAAGCGAAAAUAGAGGAGGAAAAGCGUCGUGAACUGGAGAGGAUCAAUGCUGGGAAGCUUAUGCAAGAAGCUCAGCAGAAACGCCAUGAACAGGAACUCAUUGAAGCAGCGGCUCAACGUCGCCGCGACAAAAUUGAGGCAGAGAGAGAGCGAGAACGACUCAAAGCUCAAAUCAAGGCAGAUCGGGAGGAAAGAGAGUUCCGAGAACGUCGAGGAAGACCGUUGGAGGCAUCGGCUGGCGAUAUGCCAACGAGCCAGGAUCCUCCGAGAAUGGAACCAGUGCCCAGUGAUAGAUGUCGUGUCCAAGUUCGCCUACCAGAUGGGGAUAAUAUUGUGGAGGAGUUUGCAUCGAGUGAUUCCCUAAGUAUCCUGGUGGAUCUUAUUAGACAGGCUGUUGCUCUGAGUGAAUAA